GUCGUUUAAUAACAGAUGAUUGAACGCGUAUCGCGGCGCGCGGCGUGGCAUUCAUCUGUCAAAAGCGGUGGCGGCCGGCCGACGAACGUUGUGAUGCGCCGCCGGUUGACGCGCGUCCGUUGAGCGGUGAACCGGCGAGGCGCGGAUCCGAGGACCCCACCGGGGGACGACCCUUGUUUUUCCCGGCUUGGCGGCGACGACAACAACAACGACGACGACGACGGCGACGGCGAGCGGUGGCGGCGGCGGCGGGCGAAGGGUACGACGGCACACGACGGCGACGGCCGCGAGAGAGCGACAGAGAGGGCGAGACGCGCGAGCGUGCGUAGCGGGCGGCCUUUGAAUAACCGACGCGUACGUUUAUUAUUAUGUGAUCGCGGGUCGCGCGCGCGGCUUCACGGCACAGGAAGGCAGAGACGACGACUCUUGGAAGAGAGCCGAGGGAAAAUGCGGAGCACCGAGCACGUUUUCUGCUAUCUCAUCGUGGCGACUCUCGCCGUUCUGCCGACGCUCGGUCGCGCAGAGACCGACCACGAGGCGCACAAGCCGUGUAACACUUCGGAACUCAUCGUGCAGUGCGGUAAAAAUGAGAGGUGCCGUGUAACCAACACUGGCAUACAGCGGUGCGAUUGCCAACGAGAUUUUUCUCUUGUUAAUGGCGAGUGCAUUAAGAUUACGUCUACGGCGGCGAACGCAGUCACCACCAUCAAGCCGGAGCAGAGAUCCGAGGCAGCAGGAGGUAACUCCGUAGCCGCCGGUCUGCUAAUACCCACCUUCCUCAUAGUAGUCGGUGUACUACUGUAUUUUGGUGCGAGACGGUACAAAUGGCUACAACGAUUUCGGCAGUAUCGUCACAAUCGUUACGGCAAUGUCAUAGUCACGAGAGACGACGAUGACGACGACGAUCCACCGAUAGCGUAAAAUGAUAAAUAAAGGAACAUAAAUUCUAAGGAUGUACUGGUCGCGUGUACCAAACGAAUCGAAUUUGAAUAGGUGCGAUGUAUGCUUGUCUGUUGAUAGAACGUAGUUACGAGGCUGUAGUGAACUUUGAUACGAGAAUACACAUAUAUAUAUAUUCGGUCGACGACGCUUGUUUGAUUCCUUUCGGAAUCGUCACCAAUGUAAUUCCCGUGCAAGUAUCAGCAGGGAAGUACAGCUAUUAGGCGCACGAGAGGCGUGGGACGAAAAUGAAUUACGAGGCCAAAUGUAAAGAUGCACUCGUGCGAGUAAUUAUGCUUUUAUAAUUAAUCCGGAGAUGAAUUAUCAAACGCAUGACAUUGAUUGGGAGCAUAACGUACGAAAAUUAUUAUUAUUAUGACUGCUUAAUUGUGCAUGUAAUUAUAACGAUUAUACACUUACAGUUUCGAGAGAUGGAAUAUUUUUCUGGCGAAAUUUUAGCGCUUACUUUAUCCACCGAAAACGUAAAAGCGUUGUUACUCUCACGCUAGUUGCCGAAUCUAUAUUUAUAUGUGAUGAUUGUAAGAAAUAUAAAGCAUAAUGGACUUUAUAAUAAUUCUAAGCAUUCACUGAGAGCAUAAUUUUUUACAAUUGAUAUUAAUAAGCUGGUCAGUAAAUCUUACAUAAUAUUAAUAGGUGUAUAAUAAUCAGGUGAUCGUUUCUCUCAUCACCAUCCUCGCUGUAGCUGAAAUCUAGGAAAAUUAUAUUAAAUGUUGUGUCAUUAUUGAAUAAGAAAUACAUUUAUUCUCUUUUUUAAUAAUAUUCAAUUAAGUAAUGUGAUCGAUACGAAUUUAUCUUUUAAAUUUUCGUAAAUUAGCUUUUUGAUCUCUGUAAGAAGUAUUAAGUAUAAUUAAAUUUAAGUAUCGAAAAGGAGAUACUUAAAUUUAAGUAUUUAACAACUUCUAUAUAAUAUCUUUUACGAGCAUAAUAUUUUUCUAUUAAUCCAUCACAUUACUGAUGUUUCAAUUAAUUUCUGGAAUAUUUCUGGAUUAUUUCUGGAAUAUUUUGUUCUUUGUGCCGUUUGCUUUUAUUUAUCUGAUGAAUACCAGAUGAAUCAAAUCAUUUUUAUAGAUCCAAAUUAGUACUUACUUAAACUGCAGGAAAUUCGGAAGCGAUUGCAUUUAUACCAAAAGUAUAUUAUUUAAUCUCUUUCUAAUCUCUUCAACAUUUCUGUAAUAAAGUAAUGUAAAUAUUCUUUAUUAUUCAGGACUGCAUGUUCUUGCCAGCAACAAUUUCUUCCUAUAAUUUAAUCUGAUUGUGAUUUGAAGAUGUAUUAUCUAUAUAUCAUUUAUGAUGGACGCGGGUUUUGUCUCGUGUGAAAGAUUAAACAAGUAAGCUUUCGAGAAUUAUACAUAUUAUAUACGUAUCCUAUUCUUGUACUCUAUCAUUUUUUGUACAGAACGUAUUAAAAUCCAAAAAGAUCGUAGCAGUUAUUCAGUGUAUAGUAAUAACCUUGCCGUCUAGAUUUGAUAUUUUUAUAGUUCGCAAGUACAAAUCUGAGAGUGGCGAGUGGUACUGGCGAAUUAUUAUUGCAAUAGUUUUAAUAUAGCGACAACUCACGUUUAUUAUUGAUCCAAAGUAUGGCUAGUACUGUCUGCUUGUUUGUUACUAUAUCAGUACAUUUGAAUAAUUUGACUGAAUAUCCUCUGUUACUAUUGCAGCCACGUUUAUACAAAAGCCAUAACAGAUAUUUGUUGAAUAUUGGCUCCAUGCCAGGAAUAUGUUCAGAUGUUCUAUGUAUCUUUUUCCCGUCGGAAAACGAACUAUUUACAACGAUUGCAAUUUGUGUUUGCGUGGCUCAGUUAAGUUUUCAAUCAUAUCUCUGUGAUGUAUUUUAUGUUAUGUGACUGAAUCUUUAUCGUUAAUCGAUUGCAUUUUUUUAGCACAAUGAAUAAUGAUCAAGUAUUUUCCGUGUAAAUAUUGUGUAUUGUUGCUGAUACCAAUGUUCGAUACAUUUUUAUUACUUUAUGUACAGGACGUUUCUGAAAAAUCUGACUAAACUAUGAGCUUAUUUCACUAAUCUUUAAUGGAUCUUUAUUCGAAAAAGAAUAUUCUGUUCAAAAUUAGAUUUUUUAAAAUAAAUUUUUUAAAAUUUACCUUCUGGUUUACAUUUAAUUUGUGAUAGAAAUUAAAUUUAGAUUAAUUAUUGCAACUAAAUUCCGGAUUUUUUGUAAACAUCCUGUAUAUAUAUUUUGCACAUUAACAGGCAGUGUAAGUAGCAGCAUUAUUUAAGGUCAUUUGAAAACAAUUGUCGCUUUAAACUUUAUUACGAAAUUAUUCGAUUGCCUUUACGAUAACGGAUUUUCUCGAUUCGACUUUAUAAAGUGUAUGAAUUUCUUAUAAUGGCAGAUAUUUUUUUCGUUGUAUAAUUUAUAUGUCUCAUUUGUAUUAUACAGUACAAAUAAAAAUAAAGGUCUUCAAAAGUU